CAACACAGGUCAUCUGGCUCAGUUGUACUGGGAAGGUUGGCUUGGGUGCCAUAGUUGUUUUGAUGUUCAAACUUUCACGUUUAUGCCUGUUUUGAGGCGUUGAACUGAAGGUUUUGCUUCUAUAAUGGCAGAAUCAAGGCGUUCGGGAAGGGCUCACAAGAAGGUGGACUACAGUAGAUUCGGAGGCAAUGAAGAAAACGACAGUGAAGAUGACUUUGCAGACUUCAACCCACCUGCCAAAAAGAAGAAAAUCACAGGGGAGCAGAAAGAGACAAAGAAGAAGGAAUCGACAAAGAAAACAUCUUCCAGCAAAACAUCUGAGAAGACAAAGAAGGAACAGAGACUGUCCCUUGAGGAGAAGCUGUACCAAAGGGACCUGGAGCUGGCUCUACAGCUGUCCAAACAAGACACCCCUUCCUCCAGCCAACCAGAGACCAGCAGCACUAGCCAAUCAGAACUGGAACAGGCAGCUACCAAAGGCAAGUUGUACAGUACAGAAGACUCCAGUGACAUAGCCAGCAUCCCCACACCCACUCCCAGCACAGACUCGGCUGAGAGACCAGUGGAGACACAGUCAGCAGACAGUGAUCUGGAGGAACCCAGCACCAGGAAGAAGAGACAGUCCAGGGUGAAGACACAGCCAAGAUCAACAAAUAAAGAAAAUGGAGGGAGAGACGAGGAAUCCAGGGUAGAAGAUAUUGAUGAUGAGGAAGAGGGCCAGGAAGUGUCAUCAGAAGAUGAAGACAGUGACUUUGACCCUGAUGAAGAUGACAGCGACUAUGAAACGUCCAGGAAACGGACACAGAGUCGGCGGGGCAGAGGCAGGGGGAGGGGAGGGGCAACGGAGAAGAGACCACGACCAAAACCCAGAUUGUCUGCAACAGUCACACCCAUCAAGACCUUCAGUGGGAAGAGUGCGUCCCCCCGCCCCAGGGGGAAGGGGCUGGGGCGGGCCAUCGUGGGUCUGAGCGCCGCGCUGUCGUACAACUCGGACGGCUCAUCAGGCCGGGACUCACCGGACGUGUCUCACAUGCUCCCCGCACGGAGCAGCAGCGGGGAACUCAUCAUCAGGAAACCAAAAUGGUGUCCGCCAGGUCCAGCAGGUACCAGUAAGUCAGGAGGAGGGGGGAUCAGCAAGUCUCCAGCCCAGAUCAGAGUAGGACUUUCCAAGAACCAGAAAAUAAAACCGCUGCACCCUGUCAGACCAGCUUCUAAUGGAGACUAGCAGACCUGACUCUCUCUCAUGCCACAACAGCUUCCUUCACAGCAUCUCUACCUCCGGCUUUGGGAUAUUCUAUUUGGAAAAGCCAAUAAGGAAUCAAGAUUAAAUGUUCCUUACACCAUACUUGUUAGUUACCAUUAUUUUAGUUAAAUGGACAUUCUGUGGCUGCUGUGAAUACCUUUAGAUAAAGUGUCAUACUUUUCAAUUGUGGACAUGUAGCCUGUACAAGACUUUGUGCUGUUGUGACAUUAAGAACAUUGCAUGUUUCAAACCUGUGACCUUUCUGUGAAAUGGUACAUUCCAACACAAUGCUUUCAUAUUCAGAAAUAGGCUAGAAAUACAUGUAGGCACCAUGUGAAAGGCAUUGCUUUACCUACAUUGUAACAUUUGACAAACUUUGGCCCCAAAGAAUUUUGUGAUGCUUUGUUACAGCAUUAUUUCUCAUAUUUUAAUAUUUGCCUGUUUUAGAAAACAUUUCAUAAAUUGGUGUGAUAAACAUUUAGCUGUUCCAGACAAGCAUGUUUGAAAAGGUCAGAUGGUCAUUAUAAUUUGAGCAUCUGCAAUGAAUACAAUGGAAUACUAGUAGAUUCUUUGUAUCAAAAAAGAAGACCACUUAUAGAGCUAAUGUUAAAAGUGUUUGUUUUCAUCACUGACUUUAUCUAUUCAGAGUUUAGUUGACAGAAUUUACUACAAAAUAUGCAUGUACUUCUUUUCCAAUUGGAUAUAAUGAAUAAGAAUUUAGGAAAGCACAGAUAUUGUACAUGUAUGUGGUCACCAUUUCAAUUCCCUUUGGCAAAAACAUUACUAGAUAUAUCCUCACAUGUAUAUAGACUAUAUUAGUCAAUAUGUCAAAGAUUCUGUUGAAAUGUUUUAUACAACAAUUUUUAUACUGAUGGUGGCAGUUCCAUAAAUUGAACCAUUUUCUUUAUUCAUCAUUUGUGAUAGUUAUCCUCAGUGUAGUGCCAAAUAACUGUCAGUAAAUUAGCAGUAGGCCCGUCUCAUGUUGGAGAAUACUGGUAGUAAAAAUCCAAUCUGUAUAGUGUUUCUACAUUUCCAGUCAUGUAAGAUGGAAAUGAUGCUUUACUCAAUUUGCAGUUUGAUACACACAACUUCUACCUGUAAAAUGCACAUGUCGUUCUGCCAAAGAGAUGUUUGAAUCUGCACAAUCUAAUAAGAGCCAGUUAUAGUUUGGGCCAUACUAUAGUAGUGUAUAUACACAAUACAACAGAGACAUUUUAAAUUAUGUAGAGUAUAUAAGAUUAGUACACUUCUUCAGUAAGUUCUUGCACCGUAAAAAUAACCUCUAGUGUAUUGUUUUAUUGCAUGGAAGACAAGACACACAUGUAUACAUGGACACAAGAAGGUGGUAUUUCUAUUCAAGGUUUAAUGUUUUUUCCUUGACUACUAUUUUUUUCUUGUGGCCGCAUUUAUUUCAGGUGUGGCAGUGCCGAUUAUUUUUAUACAUAGAUGCUGUAUUGUUGUUAGAAUUAUAUUGACAAUAAAGCAUUAUACAUCCAUGGUCAUGUCUGCUAAUUGCUACUUUAAUGUCUGUACUCAUUUUGACUAGAGGAUGAAGGUCAUACCUGUAAAAAAAUUGGCUGCUUUUGAGUAUAUUUCUGAGUACCAAAUAAGGUAAAGUUAGCUAAGGCCACACCAAUUUAAUUUCUUGGUUAACGGAUUUGCCCGCUUCA